AUGAGCACACCGCGACCGCCACCACGACCAGCUGCGCCUAGGCCAGUCGCACCUAGACCUGCUGCUAAUCAACCGACUGGGCCGCGGCGUCCUGGUGCUCCGUCGCAAACAGGUUCACCAGCUUUACGACCGAAUCUUCCAGGUUCAACAUCAGCUUCUCGACCACGUGAUAACAGACUUAAUACAUCAGCGAAUAAACCCGUUGUUGCAAGUCCAGUACCAGUCGUCAAAUCAGCAACUGUACGAGAAGUGUCGGAGAAUGCUCAAUAUUUACCAUCCAAUAUUCAUUCAAUUUUCAUUUCAUCUGCGACGCAACAAGCAUUACAAAUCUGCGUCGAUGAAGAUGUUACUCAAGAUAACAACUGGAAACUGGUUGAUAAAGAAGUUCUCCUGAAAGAUAUUGAAACUCUUGGACAAGGUUCAAACUUUUAUGAAUUUCAACAACAAAUACAAGAUUAUCCAGAUAAUGAAAUCGCUUUGGUCUACGAUUAUGAUUACUUUUACUCACAAAACUUCUUAAUCUGCCUCGAUCCUUUGCUAAAAAGUUACAUUGAGAAUUCUCCAGCAACAUUACCCGUACAAGAGGACGAUAAUACCGAACAGUAUGUUCCACCUGAACCGAAGAUUUGGGUUUCCCUUGGAAGUGAAAUAGAAAUUGAAAAUGAACGUUUAAUCGUCAAUCGAGCAUUGAAACGUUUCAAAAUCAAAGUUCCACUACGUCCAACGGCAACAGCAACGCCAAGUGAAAAGUUUAAAGAUGUCGAUCCAGAUAUCGAACGGAAGAAAAAUUUUGUUAGCAUCGAUCAAUAUGAAGACAAACAAUUUGAUAUGAAAAAAAUGGAACUUGACUCUGCCGUUCAGGCAGCUGCUGAAUACCGAGAAAAUGCAGCUCAAACGAUUUGGCGAUAUCCAAAGAACCAAUGGACACAAUACGAACCACGAACAUUGAACGAAGAAGAACAAAAGAAAGCUAUGAGUGAUAAUCACUUGAUUGAGAUGGUUAUGAACUCUCAAGAUUUUUUCAAAGAAGCUCUUCAGCAAAACGUCAUUCACAAUCCAUUCUAUCUUGAUUGGAGUGAACUUGGUGGUGAUCUUGAAGGCUUAGGUGGACCAGGCGAUUCACAUCUCAAAGAGUAUCAAUCGUUUUCAUCUAUCAAACAAUCACGAGGUAUGAUCGUGACAUGUGUUCAAUGGCAUCCAACAAUACGAGGAAUAAUUGCUGUUUCACUUGCUGCGGGACAAGGAUUUGAUGAACGAGUUGAACUUAUCAGUAAAACCACAUCAUCGCCAUCGCUCAUUUUCAUUUGGUCAUUUAUUGAUCCAAUUCAACCGAAAUUAUAUCUCGAAGCACCAGAUGACAUUCAAUGCUUUCAGUUUUCACCCACCGAUCCACAUGUAAUAGCUGGCGGUUGUGUCAACGGGCAAGUUGUUAUGUGGGAUAUCAAAGAAUAUGAAGAUCGUAUACGGAAUCCACGCGCCGAUCAUCGUGAUAAAGACUUAUUUAUUCCUGGCUUUGAAGAUGAAAGUUUUUUUCAAACACCUUACCUUCGUUAUUGCGCUGUAUCAAGCAUUGAACAUGGACAUUCGGAACCCAUCACGGACCUUCAGUGGAUCCCGGAUCAUUUUCAAAUUACCACACAAGGCUUACCGACGGAAAAUCUUUCGGGAAAUUGUUCUCAAAUAAUGACGUGCUCUUUCGAUAGUCAAGUUCUUCUCUGGGAAACACGUCCACCACGAGGUGGUCCUAAACCAUUAUCAAAAAAAGAACGAGAAAUUCUCAAUCCAAUGGGCGUUCCCUUGACAUUUAAACAUUUAGAUCUUAUCUGGCGACCGUUUCUUCGAUUACAAUUACAAAGUCCUGAAGCUGGCCAAGUUGAUUUUGCUCCACGAAAGUUUUCCAUUCGUGAGAGUCAAGGUGAUCGUGACGCUCUAAAUAAAGAAGAUUAUACAUUUGAGAAGAAAAAGGAGCCAACUGGCGGUCAGUUUGUCAAUCCAGUCGAUGAUGGAAAUAAAACGAUAUCACAAGGGAAAGCGAAAAUUCUCCAAAGUAUCGACACAUUCUUCUACGUUGGUACUGAGGAUGGUCAAUUAGUUUAUCAAGAUUGGAUACCACAAAAAGAGAAUGAUUCCGCGAAAUUCACUACACCGAAAGCAGCUUGGUCGGCUAUUGUUCUCGACGGUCCUGUCGUUGCGUUGAAACGCUCGCCGUUUUUCAAAGAUGUGUUAAUUAUCGCAGGCGGUUGGAUGUUUCAAAUCUGGCGAGAAAAAGUUCAUUCUGGUUCACUUUUGCAUACAUCACCGAUGAAAGAGAAGAUCACUGAUGUCGAAUGGUCUCCAACCCGACCAGGUGUUUUUUAUGUGGCCAAACAAAACGGAAGCAUUGACGUAUGGGAUGUUAUCGAUCGAACACAUGCUCCAUCCAUAUCUCAGUCCAUUUCGAAUACUGCUAUAACGUAUCUCAGUAUAAAAACAAUAUCUUCCAAACAACAGCUUCUUGCAGCAGGAGAUAGCAACGGCACACUUCAUAUACUUGAAGUUCCCCAAUCAUUGAGACAACCGAUCAAUCAAGAACUACAAGUCGUAACCAAUUACUUCACACGUGAAACUGAACGUCGGUCAUUUGUUAAACAUCGUUGGAAUCUACGUGAAGAGGAGAAACGUGAAAAGGAUCGGUUAGCAGCGAUGAAAAUUGGUAUUGCUCCAAGCCAUAUACCUACUCAAGAAGAAAUUGAUAUUCGAAUGAAGAAUGAGUACAAUGAAUUCAUUCAAUUCGAAUUCGGUGUUCUGCGUGAAAUGGGUCUACGUGAUGAGAAUGAAGCUCCUGUUAUCAUACCAGCAAAUUAA